AUGGGUGACUACGCGACUACCAACGACCCCGCCGCCAAUGCUCCCGAUGCCGCUUUCGCGGAGAAGGGCAAGGGCAAAGCCCAGGACCCCACCCACGAUCUGAGCAUGGAUGAGGAUGAAAGCGACUCGGAGAGCGAGGCUGAGAUGGCUGACAACAACGACGAUGACGAGGACGGUGACAACCUCGAGCCCAUCUCUGAGGACAACAUCAUCUCAGGCGGUCGCCGCACACGCGGCAAGAACAUUAACUGGGAAGAUGUACGAAUCCAGAAUCAGGAUGAGAUGGAGGAUGACGAGGACGAUGAUGAGGACUACCAAGCCGCCGAGGACGACAACCAGAUGCGCGAUUAA